GUGAAACAGUUGGCAUUAUUACACCGAGCAUCAGUCGCACCUGCUAGACGAAUAUAAUAAGCCAAUCGCCCAGAAAAAAUGAAGCUUUCACGCUGCUUGUCACUGAUGCUGAUUAUUGCGUCUUCAGCCGCCCAUCAGAUUCACCCCGCUGGCCGGCAACAAUUUCUACCAGGCCAGCAGACCAAUACCGUCACUACUGUUGUCACUUCAACAGCUACCACGGCCUCAACGACUCUCCUGUUGACAAGGUCCGUCUGCGCUUCGCUUGUUGCACCUGUCUCCACGACGCCCUGUCGUCGCAAGAGACAAUACUGGAACGCUCCGCUCUUCUUUGCGCUCGGCCAGGACGAUGUCCAGCAGUUCCAGCACUCGCUAAACCCCACUCAAGUGCUAAGGGUUGAGCCUUCGGUUUUGCCCGAGUUCCGUUACCGCCCAUCAUCGUUCGACCGCCCGUUUAAUUCGUACCAUCAACCGUUGAGCAAUUCUCAUCCGUUCGAUAUUCACUCGUCGUUCGAUAGGGUCCAGCAACCAGUCGCCAACUUCCGUGUUGCCGAUCCCUUUUUCGGUGUUAAAAAGUUUGCCGCCAUUUCGUUGCUUUAUGCCAACGUCUUGAAAAAUAUUCUGACUCCGGUCGUCACCGUCACCAGUACAACGACUCUGUUUCCUUCCACAUCGACCAUGACUUUCUUUACAGAAACGGUUACCCUUACUCUAAAUCAACCCGCUUGCCUUCCGGCCGGAUUGAAUCAAUGUCCCGCUGCUCCCACUCCAUCUACCACUACCAGUACCACUACUACCACUCCAUCUACCACUACCAGUACCACUACUACCACUGCCGCUACUACUACUACUUCCGCUACCACUGCCGCUUCCACUACAACUGCUACUACCACUGCUGGUACCACUUCUGGUACCACUCCCGCUCCCAUCCCUACUCAAGGACGAUGAAGAAAUUAAGAUAUAUUUAAACAAGGCGAAACAGUUCAUUUCUAAUAUUUACUUAAUUUAACUUCAAUAUUGGCAUGCUGUUGAAAUUGUCUUAGAAAAGGAUUAAAUUAUUCGGUAAAUUGGCUAAAUAAAUUAACAAAGAAUUCAAAUACAUUUGCUUACCUUCCGUAACAAGUUUUAUUUUAAUUUCAACAUGAUUCACUUCCACUAUUAAAUUUCUACAUAUACCUCGUCAUCUUGUUGGCUAUAAAUGGCGAUUUUAAAUUAUGAGAGAAAUCCAACUUCUUCAAGUCAUAACCAAAUGGCCAACCCAAUCAACAACCCAUUCUCUUUGUUUCCUAAAAAUCAUUCAAGUUCGGGUUCAACGAACAAUAACCACGACUCUUUUUAUUUUGCCUCGUCACAUUUUCAAAUUAAAAACAACACCAUCAUUGCAAUCCAAUCUACUUUUCUCUCUCCCAUCCCCCCAGCUGUCUAAUAAAAUAUUUACAGCCGAGUUUCAAGCGUAGUCCGCGUAAAAUAAGAUGGCCCUAAAUAAAUUAGGUUGGAUCGACCAGCGUGUGCGACGUCACAUGCCCAGUUUAAAAAUAGCGCUCUCAAUGCGCAAGAACACUAGCAAUAUCGCUAAGAGUAGCAGGGCAGAGAGGGUGCAACAGUUCAGUUUACAAUGCCGUCCGAGUCUUGUCAAAUAGUUGGGCUUCUCCUAAGUCUCAUAACAAUCCAAUGUUUGGCGACCGGUGAGAAUCACUGGUGCGAUUGUGAACGAUUGAACGACAUGCUCAACGCCCACACCAAACAUUUGUCCGAAUUGGUGGGAUACGAGAGGAAAACCGACAAGCUAUUGGAAUGGAAAAAGAAUUUCGCCCCAUCGCCCUACGACGUUCGCAGUGCAGACACCAACGGAAAGUUAGAAGGGAUUGAAAAUGUCAUUGCUGUGCUGAAGAUCCGAACCGAGCAGAUUGAAGAAGAAUUGGCCAAGUACCGCAACAUUUCAGAGAAACUAAACACUUGGAUUGAUGAAUCUGAUGUCACGAUCGCCAAUGUCGUGAGAACAAAUUUAAAAUCCGCUACCAAUGAAUCCGAGGAGAUGGCGAAACUGCGGAACUCGGAAAGUGGCGAACAACCGCAGCGAAUCAACUUGCGACGAACUCCGGAACAGACGAUAUUCGAGCAAAUGAAAUUAAUGCUGGCUAACAUGACGACUGAAUUGGCUGUGCUGCGUAACUACAAAGUUCCUAGACUCGAGUCUCGCGUCGCCAUCAUCGAGGCUGAACUUUUAGCCAACCGAGAACCAUAAAAUAGUGUCACCAAACGAAUAGCAAAACAAGACAACCGUAGGGCGGAAAUUCGGGAGGAAAUUUACAAAAAAAAAUUGCGGAUUAGUUCGAAAUGGCUUUUUACUCCAGCAGCGUCAAUUGACUGAAACAAAUCUGACGAUAGCGGCAAUCCCCCCCCCCAUCUUAAAAUGGUCUUAAAUUAUUUUUGAAAAUUAUUUCUAUGUACUGAAUUGUUACCGUGAUUUUUUUUACUGUGUACAAGGAAUUGGUGGACUGAACAAAAUCAACGAAGAAAUUAGUGAACCAUUUUGUGAAUUUUCAAAAUUUUCCCUAGACGUUGCUUGGCAGUUGCCAUUCCCUUUUUCGGUUUCUUCCCCAGGUUAACUAGAAAAUUGUUAAAUAAAUAUCAUUAGCCUUAAAAAAUUAA